AUGGAGUCAGAGCUUAAUAAUAUCGGCGAGGAUAUUCUUGAAGGAGAAGAUAUGUUAAACCUUGAAGAUCUCGACGAGAAAGAGGUUUUAGGCGACGAUGAUGAUGAGAAAAUUACUCUCAAAAAGGAAUCGGAAGGUGAUGAUCUGUAUGAUGCUGCGAUUGAGCCAUCUGGUCCAGUUAAUGAAAAGAGGGAAUCAACUGAAGAUCACUUGCAAAAUUCUGUAUCUAGGAAGCAUUCCGUUGUGGUGAAAGCUGAGCCAGCUGCCACGCAACAAGCGGCAGGCAAGCGUUAUUGUUGUUAUAUUGGAAACAUGACAUGGUGGACAACUGAUGUAGAACUUGAGGUUUAUUUUCACGUUGAUUAA